GCCAUGGCCGACCGGAGCAAGAAGCCCUACGUGGUGGCAGUAGCAAUCCAGGCCAUCUACACGGGCCUCUUCGUCGUCUCUAAGGCUGCCUUCGACAGCGGCAUCAACACCUACGUCUUCAUCUUCUACCGCCUCGCUGCUGCCACCGCGCUCCUCCUCCCAAUCGCGCUUAUCGACUCCACCUGCCGCCGGAGCCGAUCAACCACCGCAACACCUGCACCAGCAUUGUCAUGUCGGCUGCUCUUCAAGCUCUUCCUAUACGCCUUACUCGGGAAUACCUUCACCCUGAACAUGUACAACGUGAGCCUGAAGCAGACCUCGGCGACCGUAGGGUCAGCGGCCACCAACUCCAUGCCCGUCGCCACCUUCCUCCUCGCGGUGCUGCUGCGGAUGGAGGCAGUCAAGCUCCGGAGCCGCUCUGGUUUAGGCAAGCUCGCCGGUGUCGCUCUUUGCCUCGCCGGAGUGUUGGUCAUCGCCUUCUACGCUGGCCCGUCCAUACGCCCCCUCGCCCACAACCCCGUCUUCGCUCACAAGCCGAAAAGUGUCAGCAGUGGUGCCGAGUGGAUCAAAGGAACCUUCCUUCUCAUCCUCGCUUGUGCAACUUGGUCUCUCUGGAUUGUCCUGCAGGUCCCGUUGCUUAAAGAAUAUCCAAAUAAGCUGAUGGCCACGGCGCUGCAAUGCAUGUUUGGUGCGCUCCAGUCCUUCGUCGUGGCUGUGGUGGUUGAGAGGGACUUCACCAAAUGGAAGCUUGGGCUGGACAUUGGCCUCCUUGCCGUCCUCUACUCGGCCUUCUUGGGAACGGGUGCGUUAAUGUACCUACAGGCGUGGUGUGCGGAGAUGAGAGGGCCUGUGUUUGUCGCGAUGUGGAGUCCAUUGGCAUUGAUUUUCACUAUCUUUUGCUCAUCAUUCUUCCUUGGAGAAGCAGUUCACCUUGGGAGUAUUUUGGGAGGAAUUCUUCUAGUUGGUGGUCUAUACAGUGUGCUAUGGGGUAAAAGCAAGGAAAAAGAAAAUAAUAUAACAUUAGUAGUCCCAGAGGAAAGUCAAGUUCAAGGAGACGGAGUGGCAAUACAAGAGAAACACGAAGAGGCAGAACUAACAUCACAAGUGUAA